UUUGAAAAUUGUUAUCACGCUAAGUCAUAAGAUCGGGCAAUAUUCCUUAAAUUUGCCACUCUCAUAGUGAUCUAAUGAUUGUUUCAGUUUUCUGACAGUAAAUUUUAGGAAUAUAAAUUAUUUGUAUAAGUUAUCAUUUUUGAUAAUGCCUUAUUUCAUAGUACUUAGCAUGUGUGCUGCAAAUUCGUAGUACUGAGAACUAUUAGUAUAAUAGUACUGAGAACUAAGUAUUAUUACAUGUGACUUAAUCAUGUAUAUAUGUUUAUAAAUUCCGAUAGUUACCUUUUUAAAUAUUUUAUUUGUAUUUGAAAUUUGAAUUCCUGAUGAUGGAUUUGGAAACGAAAUUAUGCAACAAUUGUAAGAGAGAUGUUUCUGUGAACAAUUUUGCCAUCCACAGUGCAUUCUGCGAGAGAAAACUCCGAGUAUGUAAUCAGUGUGAUGAACCAGUACCACGUAGCGAAAUGGAUCGCCAUAUGGAGGAAAGUCACACAAUGGAUAGUUGUUCUUGCUGUAGUAUGCCAAUGGAGAAGUGGAUGCUCGAAAAGCAUAGAGAAAUUUGUUUUAAAAGACCUGUUUCAUGCAAAUAUUGUGAAAUUGUUAUACCCAUGGAUGAAUUAGAAGAUCAUCAUCUUUAUUGUGGCUCACGAACUGAAAUGUGCCCCUCUUGUAAACAAUUUAUAAUGCUUUCCCAAAUGGAUACACAUUCAAAAAUUUGUUUAGAAAAAAGUUUUAUUGCCAGAAAUGCUAUUUCUUCACCAAAUGAUGUUUCAGAAUUGAGUAAUUACACAUCUUCCUCAUCUGGAAGUAGGAUAGAAGAUGUUGCAUACAAACUUGUAUCCAGUGAAAUGGUGGAUAGUAUUAAAUCAUCUUCCUUCAAUACUAAUGAUAUUCCAAGCAAAAUUUCAUCUGAGGGUGUUAAUUAUGAAACUUGGGUUUUCUGUGAAUAUUGCCAAUUACAGUUACCAUCUGCUGAGCUGCGGAAUCAUUAUCUUUAUUGCGGCUUACAGAAGGAGAAAUGCCAUAUCUGCAAUAAGUAUGUUUUGUUAAGAGAAAUGGACAUACACUCAAUAAUUUGCAUAAAGCAUUACCUUAGAACAGAGAGAAGUGCAUAUGAUAUGAGUAGCAGUAUGACCAAUGAACAGUUUCCUAAGAGUGAUGCUGUCAUUGAAAAUAUGGCAAGAGUUUUCGAAAAUAGAAAAACAGUUCAAGAUCAAAACAUUGAAAAGUUUGUAUGUUGUGAAUAUUGCAAAACUGAAGUGACUCUGACUGAACUUGAAGAUCAUUUAUUACAUUGUGGAUCAAGAACAGAGAAAUGCCAAUUCUGUGAGCAGGAUAUUUCCAUUAAAGAAAUGAAUAUGCAUUCACAAAUUUGUAGAAAGGGCCCAUCUAAGUAUUUAGGAGAAUGUCAUAUUUGUAAACAACGUAUACCUUGGGUUGAUAUGAAUGUACAUAUUCCAUGUUGUGCUAGUGCGAAUGGCAGGUGUUCUCGAUGUGGCAGUGAUGUGCCAGAAAAUAAAUUAAAAGAACAUAUCUUAAGAUUGUGCCCAGAACUUCAGAAGGAAUCAGUUUUCAUGAGAAACUGUGAAGACAGCAUCUCUGAAAAUGAAGAAAAUAAAGCUUCAUCUUCUAGGUCAUUUAUUUUCCCUGAAUUAAUAAAAUUCCCAAAUUAUAAAGAGGAAGUAGAAAGUUCUGUUAUGACAGAUCGCAUUGCAUCACGUUCAUCUGUUUUUUAUGAGUGCCCUUUUUGUUCAGAGCUAGUGCUUAUGAAAGAAAAAAGGGAUCAUGAAACCUUUUUAUGUAAAAUACGUAUUACAUCGGAUGGAGUAGCAGGCAUGAGUAUUGAAGAAAUGUCUGAAGCAGCAUGUGUUAUUGAAGAAUUUAAAGAAAGAAAUACAAGUUCGGAUGUUAAAACUGAAAAGUGUCCAUAUUGUAAUGAAAACAUUCCAGUUCUUAGAUAUCAAAACCAUCUGUCAUUUUGUUCAAAAAUGGUGGAAGAAUGUGAGUUGUGUGGGUUGGUUAUUAAAGAAACUAUGGAACUGCAUUUGAAAAAAUGCCCUGUAAAAAAUGAAUUUCUGUCCCACGACAAAGGUGCUUCAAGUACAAACACUGAUGAAAAGCUAAAAUCAUUUAAUAAUGAAGAAUUUAAAGCUGGAAAAGCCCGUAUGGAAAUUGAUAUAAAAAAAUGCCCAUGCUGUGGUUUUAGCAUUUCAGAAAUUAAAUUUGAAGAUCAUUUAGCGCAUUGUUUAAAUAAUACUAAAGAAUGUAAAUUCUGUGGAUUGCAUUUUAAUGUGGCCUAUGAAAAAAUGCAUUUGCAAGAAUGCAGUAAAGUGAAAAGUGAUUCUGCUACUUUUCAUAAAAGUAAAAAAGACAAAAAACGUCAGAAAAAGGCUAAGAAGAAUUCUUUGCCUGAAAGUAAAGUACCAGAUACAUUUAUUGAACCAAAUCCAAGUAAACAUAUAUGCAAAACCUUUAAAGAUGAAGUGCUGAUACCAUGCGAGUUUUGUCAGAAAACGUUUAGUCCAGAGUAUAUAAUUGAACAUGAGUCAGGUUGCCGACCUGAUUUGGUCAGUUUUCCUAAGGAGGUUGCUGAAGCUCAAGGAGCCAUAAGAAAAAUAAAUGCAACAAUCUGGAGUAAAAAAUCUGCUUUUGAUAUUAAAGAGGAUGCAACAACCAGUAAAGUAAUGAAUUUUGAAGAACAUAAAUCUGCAGAUGCUUAUGGUGGAAGGAAGCAGGGACUUAUACGCAUUGACAGACAAAGCACUCCGCCCUCAACAUACGCCAUUCCUGGAGAAUUCCUUGAAGGUUACUCUCAGUGCAAGGAAGAACAUGAAGUUGCUUCCUCUGACAACAGAACAUAUAAUACGAAAAUGACUACAUCUGCUAGACGAACAGGCUGUGAUAAUUUAAAGUUACAUAAAGAAAUUAAAGCGUGUGAUGAAAAGAUUCUUUGUUCUGGUAAAACAGGCAUGGUUUCAAAAACUGAAGCUGAUAUUAAAAAUCCAAAUAUGAAACAUCUUGAUUUCAAAGGUAAGAAAAAUAGUUAUAUGAAUUCAACAGAAGAAUCAAAUAAUAGCAAUGGUGAGAUUAAUACUGACAAACCGGGCAGUUGCAUAAAUGAAAAGAAAUUUACUGACUUGUCUGAAAGCAGUAGAUUGAAACCUUGUGUAGAAGUUUUAAGCAAAGCUGAUAAAGAAAAAAUUGAAAGUUUGAAAAAUAUGAAUUUAGAGUACCGUUUUUCUCUGAGUAGUGAAGAAGAAGACUUGGAAGAAUGUAUUAAAUUUUUAAAAAGUACUGAAGGGUCCAAUAUUGGAAAACAAACAAAUAUCUGUGUAAAAAAUGAAGUUUAUAAUGGUGAUGCAUCAACUUGGAAGAAAUUUCGCAGUUCUUAUAUAAGUGCAGUUAAGAUGAAUGAAGAUUGUUCUUCUGAAAUUACUGAUGUGCAUUCAGCUGAAAAAAAUUCGUCCAAAGAUGCUCAUAUGAAUGAAAACGAAACUUUGUCUGAAAAUCUUUCUGAGCAUGCAAAAUAUUUGACUUCAAAGGAGAUCUCUAGGGAAACGACUUCAAAGUAUAAUUCAGUUAUAAGACCAUCUUCAAAUGAUGACUGGAAUAAAUGGAGAAGCAAAGCAUCUGAUAGUGAAUGAGCUUAGAAGAAUGAAGAAAGUGCCUCACCGAAAAGAUAAAUUUUUUGUUCCCUAAGAAAUUAAAUCUCUUUGCAUUAUUUUUGUAUAAAUAUUAAAUGUUUAGAUGCUAAUUGAUAAGCAAAUCAGAGAUUUUUCUCUCAAAAUCUGAGCAAUUUUUUCCAUAACCAUUUCAAAAAUACAAAAAUCUGUUAACGUUAAAUGUGAUAUAGUUAGAGUUUAAAUACUUCAUGAUGUAAUAUUUCUAAUGCAUGUAAAGAUAUUUUAUAUUCUCAGAUUUUAUGACAUUAUGAAUGCAUGAAGUGUCUAUAAUUAAGAAAGCUGCUUUGAUACAUGCUAGUGUCAUGUGUCCAAAAUGGGAAAUUUUAAAAUAUUUUUAAGUCGGUUAUUUGUGUGAAGUGUACUAAAAAAAUAAAUAUAUUUGUUAUUUAAUAGAAAUAUGAUUAACUGUUUGCAUUUGUUUCUCUGAUUGUAAUAGUGCAGUAAUAAGAAACACAAUGCUGUCAAAAAAAUUUGUCUUCACUUUAUUAUUCAGGUUUAUAGCAAGUAAGAAAAAAGCUAAUUGUGCUGAUUGGUUUUAUUCUUCUAAUUUCAAACUUGUUUAUCUAACACUAUCUUAAGAAUUUAAAAGUUAUAUCUUUUGUUAACUGUAAAAUUGCAGAUUUUAUUGUUGUUUUUAUAUCUAGAAAUUUUUUAUAACUGUUUUAUAUGCUGUGAGAGAAUUUUUAUAGAUAUUUAUUUUUAUUAAAUAAAAUUGUACUUUGUUUGUAAAACAUUUAUUCUGUUUUAUACAUUAAAAUUGUUAAAAUGUGUGCAAAUAUAUAUAAUUAAAUCAUUUAUUAAUUAGCAUUGCAGUAUGUAGGGACAGUUAGUUUUGCAUUUAUUGUUUUGUAUAUGUGUGAAAUUAAUAUGUUUUAGCAUAAAAUCUUAAUAUUGGAUGUUUAAAUAAUUGUUUAAAUAGUUAAUAUGUAAGUGCUGUAUUUUUUCUCUUUAAUAUUACAUUUUCUCACAUUAAUAUAAUAUGUAUGUACAUAAAUUUGGCAAAAUUAUACAGUACAAAGUCCGAGAUCCGGCCUUGGGAUUUUUCCCAAUAUUAUAUCAUCAAUUUAAAUCUAGUAAGGUGGCAUGUAGAAGUUAUAAAAUUAAAAAUAUGAAAUCAUGAUUUAUGAAAGAAUGAAGUAUUUAUGAUCUAAAAGGUAUCAAAAUUUACAACAACAAAAAGUCUUAAUAUUUGUUUACUUUAAUCAUUUCUUUCAAUGAAAGUUGCUUAAAUUGCUUCAUUUUUUGUACUAAUACUUCCUCUAGACAGAUAUAAUAUCUUGUUUACUUACAAAGUUCCAUUGUAAUUGCUGUGUCUAGAAUUUCGAUUAAUUUGUCAAUCGAAAUUUCUUAUUUUCAAUAACUUCUCUGUCACUUUCUUCACUAUUGAUAGCGGUAUUUUUUAUAUCUAUAACCAUAUUACAGAUUUUGCCGUCCAUUAAUUAAUUGAUGAUUUUGCCAUUGUCAUGGUUAUGAAAAACUUCUGUUAUAUCAUCUUCAUUUAUUACCGCUUCUCCUAAUUUCUUUACAAAAUACAUUAAUUUGAAAAUUUCACCUUUGGUGUGUGAUAUCCAAAAACCUACAUGAUCAUCCUCACAAUGAAAUAUGGUAGCUGGCCAUAAAUUAUGCCAAGCAUUUUUUUAAGUAUCUGGAGAUACAUCCUCCCAUGAUCUUACGAUGCUCCACACAGCAGAUUUUAUGCUAAAAUAUUUCAAAAAUUCUUGAAUAAUCUUGCUAUUAGUCAAGAAAUUUAACAUGGAUUUUAAAAAUGCUACUUUAUAUGUGCAUUUCAGUUCGCGCAUUAUUCUGAACGUACAAUUUGGAGGAAAAAAUAAUACAGAUACAUUAUCUUUAAAUGAAGUAUGAGCGUAACAGUUGUCUACAAUUAGGACAAUUUUUGAGAUAUCAUUUAAACCAACCAAAUUAAAAUGUUGCUGAACCUCUGGUAUGAAAUGAUUUUCAAACCAAUCAUUGAUUAACACUUGUUUCAUCCAUACUUUUUUAUUGCACGAUAUAUAAAGAGGAAAAUCUUUACUCUUUAAAUGAUCAAGGUCAUGUAUUUUUUCUGAUUAACAAAAAGUAUACACCUGUGCAUUCCUUCAGUAUUGGCGCAUGGUAAAAUUGUUAGUCUCACUUUGGAAUCUUUGGCACUAGUUUGGAGCCUUUACUGUAGAGUUUUCCAAGGUAUUCGCGGUACAUAUUGCCAGAAAAGACCAAUUUCAUUAGCAUUGUAAAUUUGUUCUGGAAAUAACUUUUCACCCUUAAGGAAUUCAGUGAAUUCAUCUGUAAAUAGUUCAGCAGUUUCAGUAUCAGCUGAAGCUUUUUCACCUAAAAUUUUUAAUUGCCUCUUAACAUGGUGAAUUUAAAUUGGUUAGUGAACUUUUGGAAUAUGUGUGCUCAAUUUAAGUUAAUUUUCUUCAUGAAAUAUUUUGGAUUGAGCCAUCAUUAUUGGAUCCAUCAAGGCGCGCCCUUGUUGCGAUGCUGUCUGACCCAUUCAGUCAUCACUUUGUCAUGAUCGUCACUUUUAGCAUGACAAAUCAUUUUUCCGUUGUUCAUGCGAGUGGGGUGUUAGAAUCUACGAAAAAUUACUUUUUCCAUUUUCUUAUAUACAGUUGACUUCCUACUGCCAUACUCCUUGCAUAAUUUUGAGACAGGUAUAUCUUUAUCCACUUUUUUCUGUAAUUCCACUUUUUGUUUAGUGGACAUUGAAUUUGCUUUGUAGAUCCUGUUGCAGCUCCAAAAUUAGAUACUCUUUUCAACAUAAUCGGAAAUUCAAACCUUAACUUUCGUAAAAUUAUUGUAAUAAUAAGAGUGUAAAAAAAAAGGGAUCAAAUCAGAAAUUUAAAGAACAGCACAAUCUGUUAUAUUAACUGAAAUUUUUUGGAAUCAGUAAAGUAUAAUAUUAACUUAACUAAACAACUUCCAUUAUACAUUAUUGGUUAUGUGUCAUGAGAUUGGCGACGAAAGAUAAGUUGUUCCAUUAAAUUUUGUCUUGCUUCUGUCGCACACUGAGAAAAAUUAAGCCUAACUUUUAUUAGUUUAUUUAUUUAUUAUGCUUACUUCCAAUUCUUGCACAUGCUUAAAGCUCAUCAGAGUUCUGAAUAAAUAAAUUCCUAUAUAUACUUAAGGCUUGGCAGUAGCCUGCACUAGAUCUCUUACCACCUAAUUCAGUCUCUGCAGGUCUGCUACCAAUCCCCUCCCUAAGUUCUGUUCUAAAUUUUUGCCACUUCUAAAUUUUGAGUCCCAGUGCUUUCCCUAAAUUGUUCAUCCCUUAAUUUUGUUGCUUGGUGCUUCUUGAAAUUCCAAAAAUCUUCUGUAAACUCUUCCACCUGGAUUGGCCUUACAAACUUUGCCAUCGGUUUUGGGCUUAUGUAAAUAACUAAGUUACUCUUAUUUCAAAUAGCACUAAAUGUAAUCUUGUAGCCUAUGAGUAUCAUUAACAUAAUUUAUUUUUAGCGUAUGGAAAGAAAUUUUUCUUAAAUUUUCCCUCAUCAACAUUUGUUAGCACAUUUAACUUAAAUCUGUAAUUAUCCCCAAGCAUAAUGUCAACAUAAAAGGAUAUUAUACUCUUUAUUAUUGAAUAUACUACUAAUAUAAAAAAAUGUUUAGGCAUUGCUACAUGAGUCAUUUCUCAAGUUGCCAUGUGUUGAUAAGCAUGCGGUGAUGAAAGCAAAAUAUAAUAAAUAAUGGUUCACCAGGUUGGCAUCAGGGAUAUUAAAAUAUUAGCAAGUAUAAAAUCAACUUACUAUUUACUACUAGGUAUUUUAUUUAGUGUGGAAGUGAAAUUAAGAAUCGGGUCUCUCCACAUGUUUUAUUAUGUGAGAAAAAUCAAAUGUGCGUACUAAAAAAAAAAAGGAAAUUGUUUGUGGCUUUGAGGUCUGGAUAUUGGACAUCCGGUUCUCGAACUUUGUAUUUUAUAUAUAUAUAUAUGUGUGUGUGUGUGUGUGUGAUGUAUACACACACUUGCAUACACAGGCAUGUAUAUUUAUAUAUAUUAGGGUAUUCAAAAUAUGGCCUAAACAACUGGAAUGGUUCAAAAAGUGUAAUGAUUAUAUACCAUAUCAUCUUGCUUUUCCCUAGCCUUUUAGUACCAAGUUCUGAAAUUUUUUUUAAAUAUUUGCGUCUUUGUGCAUUCAGAGAACAAAUUACCCUAAAUUUUACCCACAUAGUGAUUGUUUUAGUCUUAAACAAAGACAAAACCUCACAAACUACCUGAAAAUUUCAUGUCAAACUUUUUUGUAUGUGUGUGUGGUAGUGGAACUUUAUGCCAGCUUAAUACAACCCAUCAUAGCAAAGCAAACAUGAAUUGACAAUCAGUCUAGGAUUUCGAUGAGUCAGCUGCACAUUCAUCUUCCCUAAAUUGCCUGUGAAUGAUUUGAGGUCUAAGGAAUAGCAGAAGCAGUAAAAUUUACCAAGAUUCAUGUUUCAGGGAAGUAGAAAUGAAGAUAUUUUAUUAGAUAUUGUUAAUAUUAGUAUGCUUUCUUAUUUGAAUGUAGGUUUCUAUUAAAGAAAUGAUAUUGUGAUAGUUAUCUGUGAUUUAUCCAUCUCUACUUUUGAUUAGUUAUAUUCACAUCCAUUCAAAGUUAAAUUAUUCACUCUUCUGGAUUUUCGGAUGAUAAAAAGUUGGAAGAAAAGGAAGGAAAUUUGCAAGAAAUACAGUAUUUGAAAAUCAUGUUAUUAUUCAAAGUAAAGCUUACAUGCUGUAAUACUUCUUUCAUAAUUUUCUGGUUUCUACUCGUCUGAAAGAAAGUGCUUGGAUGGGUGCAUAUCCACUGUCAAACUGUAGCAGUAAUGAUCCUACAAAAAUACCAAUGACUAAAUUGCUUUAUAACUGUGAUGUUGCAGGUUUUUCUCUUUGCGUAUGUGUGACAGAUACUACCCCCAUAUAGUGUGUAAAUUCUGUUCAAAAAUUUAGAAAUUGAGAUACCUUCUUUUCCUAAAACUGUAAUGAUAAUUCUUUGUUUUACACAAUUUGUUUUCCUCCAGAAUACACCUCACUCUAUUAAAAAUUGUUUUGCGAAAUACUUAAAAAUAUAAUUGAUAUUUGAAUGGGCUUAUGGUUGAGUUUCAUUUUCACACUGCAUGGAUAUAUCUGUUGGUUUUAGAAUUACUCUUGUUUUGUUUUUGGAUGAUGGAAUUAGAAUUUCAACCAGAUUUCAUUUUAAAGUGUUUUACAUUGUUAUCAAUUGAUACAGCCAUUAAUUUGACGUUUACAGAUUUUCAAAAAAAUUUUAUAUCAAUUCAGUUUUUUAUUGGCCAAACUGUAUAUAAUAUUUAAAUUUGUUUUGAUUUUAAUUCUUACCAUUGAAUUAGUGCAGCAUACAGCAUGUGAUUUGGCUUAAGGUGUUUUUUUUUUUUUUUUUUUUUUUUUUUUUUUUUUUAAAUUUAAUUUUUCUGUUUUAUUUAGCUUUAGAGGCAGUUAUAUAAAUUUAUUGAUAUUAAUAUGAAUUUGUGGUUAAAAUUAGAAGUUGUUUUAAAUUUUCAUUUACUCACGUAAGACUUCUAAUAUCUUAUAUUGUCUGAUUUUUGUUUUCAUCAUGUUAGGUAACUUUACAUCAUUGAAUUGAUAAAGAAUUUUAAAAAGGUCAUGUUAAUUUUGCUGAAGUCUGCAUAUCUGUAAUGGUUUUUAACUAAACAUUUUCAGCUAGUGGUAGGUAACGAUUAAGAGAACAAAAACAAUCUAAAACAUCCAGAGAUUCUUAAAUUUAAAAUCUGAAUUAAGACAUAGCGCACAGAUUGUACAACACAACAACUAGCUUCCCUCCUCUACCCCCAAAAAGUGCCUGUGGUUACCUUUUACACAUCCCAUCCUUAAGUUUUUUUUUUUUUUUUUUUUUUUUUUAAGAUACAGUUAAAUAAACAGUUAAGCUGUAAUAAGUACUAAAUAAUUCAAAAUAUCACAUAUAUGCGCAGUGAUUUCCUUGUGAUGUACACCUUUGAAUAUGAGUGGUCACCUGUACAGAAGGUUUCUACCAAAAUUGUCUAUAACUAUGGUUGGUCAUCUUAGAAGAAUUAUUAUAUUUGUAGAAACUACAAAAUAACUUAAAGUUGGCCUAGGAUAGAACUUGUAGCUGAACAAAAAGAGCAUCGUAAGAUCAACAAUAGUAAUAAACAUGUAAAGUAUUCUUCUUUUGUUACAAUUGUAGUCUCACUUAUUUUGGUAACAUACAUUAUGUCAUGACACCUAUGCAAACUUAAGCGACUUAUUGCUAUGUCUAGGUAAGCAGAAUACUGAGGUGUAAAAGUUAAUUUUAUUAUGAACUCAGUAAGUUGAACAGAAGAAACUUCCGGUGUUUACAAAUCAGCCAUCAUUUAUGGCAUGAAUUCAAAAGUAGAAUUUCAAAUCAAACUAAAUCUAAAUCAAACAAAAUUAAGCUAAAUUUAAGUCUUACUAAGCCAAAGGGUAUACUGAAAUAUUUAAACAUGCAAGUUGGCUGUUAACCUACACUACUGUGGCAGCACAGUCAGUACUAAUAAAGCAACACCAUAGACAGGAAUCUUUAUUGUAGAAUAAUUAAUAGUAACUUGGCCUUCAGCAAGCAGAACAUGCUCUGACUAAAACAACCCCAAACCGCCACUUAAAUACUCAUGAGCUAAAUUUGCAUUCUGGCAGGAAAAUGGAAAGAAAGAAGUGGAAGUAUAGAUUCGUAACAUAAAAUAACCGGUUAAUUAACAUAAAUACUUUGCACAGUUCAAAUAAAUACACAUUAUCAUUUUACAUAUGUGUAUUACUCAUUUAGUAGUGCAAUUUUCCAUAAUUUUACCUAAAGUAUUUUGAUUAGAUUAGGAUUGCUCUUUAUUUCAGGGAAAUCCUGCAUUUUAUUUCUAGAUGUAUUUAUAUGAUCUGGAAAUUCUGAAUGUCUUAAUAUUUAUACAUUUUUGUAUUUAAAACUUCAUAUAACUGGUUUACAUAAUUUAGAAUUGUUUGUUUGCAUCCAUUAAGUUUCACUUGAAUUUUUCACAUGGAGAACAAGAAUCAUUUUUGUCUGAAAGAAUAAUCUCUAAUUAUAUGCAGAUUUUUAUGAUGGUUGUGUAUUUUUAGAUUCUCACAUUUCAUGUACCUGAAGUAGCAGAUGUUUUGGGAAAAUGUAAAAUGAAAUAUUUACACAUAUGACACAGUAAAGAAUUUACACUUUACUGUCAGAUAUGUUUUUAAAUACCAUUUAUUUUUCUGUAUAAAUCACAGAAUGCUGAAAAUAAAAGAGGUGUAAUAAAUUUUUUCCCCUUAAAAUGAAUUAUAGAUGCUACUAGUGUGAUUUUUCUUCAUCUGUAAAAUUGUUGUGUUCAUGUCUAAUCUGAAAUUCUUCUUUUGGUUUUUGUAAUCGUUGUUUGUAAUUGUUUAGGAACUAUUCUGUGUGUAAUUAAUGUAGCUAGACUGUAUUCUAUACUCCUGUAACUCCUUAAGUCUUAAUAUUUUUCAUUAUUGCUUUUAGUUUUUGUUUAGCAUUUUUAAUAAUAUAGUGAAAUAUAAUUUUUUAUGAUUA